AUGGCGUCGAGGCUGAGCACGACGGGGUCGGCGUACUCCGUCGUCGCGCUGGGGCCCAAGGCGGCGGACGCGCACGCGAGUGGCAGCAGCGCGGUGCGGGAGAGCGAGGAGGAGGGGUGGUCCUGGACGAGGCGCUCCAGCAGCGCCCGCCUCUCGCUCGGGCCGAGGCUGAGCACGUCGACGUCCACGCGGCCCUCCAUCUCUGCCGGUGUAGACGCUGUGGCCGUGGCGGAGGCCCUGGCGGUACUGGCGGCCUUGUCCGCCCGCUUCUGCGACUUGUGGUCGUCGUCCCCGAUGAACCACUGGACGGAGCUGGAGCCGGGCGAGCGCGGCGUCUGCGGACGCCGUGAGGAGGGCGAGGUGGUGGCCGUCGCCGCGGACGCCGCGGAGGAAGGCGAGCGGGAGCGCGAGGACGAGCAGCAGGUGGGCGGGGCCGCCGCCUACGCCGCCGUGGUGGAAAUGGUGGGCGAGCGCAGCAGCGAUUACGACGUGCGCGGGGUCGAUGCGGAGCUCGGCGAGGUGCCGCGGCGCUGGUGGCGGAGUGAAGAAGAAGGGCUUCGGAAGGUGAAACUCGGACCGGGAGGCCCAAGCCCAACAGGAGGUGCAAAGCGGCGAGCGGUUGAGCAACGUCGCUCAAGUCAAGGAAUCAUCAUGGAGGAGGGCCUGCCAAUCGCUGAAGCCGCUAAUUUUCCAGGUAGGGUGGAAAAUCCGUAUUGGGCUCACAGCAUGUGCAACCCCACGUCCACCGGGCUUCUGUCCAAUCGGGCUUACAGAUCCAACCUUGCGACUCCUGUGCCAAAUUUUUUCGACAAAAAUACAGACAAGAACUUUGUCUAA